AUGUCUCUCACAUCUCACGACAUCUAUCCCAUCGCAAAGCGGCACGCUCUUUCUGUCGUGACAAUGCAGGGCAACGCGAUAACUGUGCGAAUUUGCACAUACAUGCUCGACGACAUUCCUGGUCGCCUACACUGGGUUCGCGAGCUUGAAGUUGUGUGCUACGAUGUAUGCAACACUGUAGCACGCCUGCUUGUACCUCUCUUCAAAAACGCCAUCCAUCUCAAAUCUCUACGGAUUCCAUACUUGGUCGACAUGUUGCUGCUAACGCAGCCCCGCAUUGCGCCCGCCCUCUCAGCAUUGCACCACUUAAAGAUUCUGGAUCUAAAAGCAAACUCCGUUGAGAGAGAGAGAAAGGAAGAAUUGUUUGCAAUACAGAGAGAGAUGCUGAGGGAGAUGCGUAGCAGGCCGGUAGAGUUGUCACUCUGGAUCCCGUCCUUCAGUGACCUCUCUUGCAUCCAACAUAUUCAAACCAUCAAACGUCUCACCCUCUCAAGGCUCAUCAUGGAUAACGAAGAGUAUAUAAACAAUGCUGAAGGGCCACAACCCCUAUUGUCCUGGCCCACUGUUUCGCGCCUGACUCUGGAUUGUUGUCGACUCUCGAUGUCCGAGGCAGUCCAAGCUUUCCCCAAUGUGCGAGGACUACGCGUGGAAUACCCAAUGGGUUCAACUUCGAUGAGAAGCGUAUGUUGGCCACAUAUGGACUACGUCGAGGGGCCUAUGAAGCUCUUCGAGCAAUGGACAUUCAAUUGCCAUGUGCACUAUCUCAUGAUGACGCCGAUGCUCGAGUUCGAGUCCGCCGACGACGUUACCGUGCUGGAUACGGUACGACAGACCUCGCCGAGAAUACUAGAUUUAUCAGCUCCGGCAACGCCCGAGCUGGAUACCUUCUGGGCAAAGCUAGCAGAUACUGCGCCUCAAGUACGCAGUCUGGAGAUCUCGAUAUGGCCGCUCUGUAGCGAAAUGGAUCUAGUGUUCAAGACAGCUCAACAAUUGCUCAUGAUGGCCAUCUCCCAAUCACCCCGACGCUGGACAAACUAG